UUGAGCAAAGUGAUGAUUGUAUGCGCCCCACUCCAAAAUCUCCUCUCUCUCUCUCUCAACGUGUUCAUUUGACGACCAUUGAGAGAGUCCUCGUUCAGGAAGUGCCUUGUUUAUCAGAUGAUAACUUGGUAGGUUGAUCGUCCUUUCUUUCUUUUUAAUUAUUACGUCGUUUCUUUGGGUUUUACGGUAUCAAUGAGUUCAAUUUCAAGUCGAGGACGAAGCUCUAUUUUCGAUUACACUCAUACCAAGAGAUGGAUAGAGCACAGAAGAAGAAGAAGCUGGUUUUUGCUAUUAAUGGAGAGAGAUUCGAGCUCUUUGGAGUUGACCCUUCAACUACGUUGCUUGAGUUCUUACGUUCUCGGACACGUUAUAGAGGUGCUAAGCUUGGUUGUGGAGAAGGCGGUUGUGGUGCAUGCGUGGUUCUUCUGUCAAAGUACGAUCCUGUGCUUGAAAAAGUUGAAGACUUCACAGUGAGUUCAUGUCUGACACUUCUUUGCAGUUUACAUGGAUGUUCUAUUACAACAACAGAAGGUCUUGGAAACAGAAAAGAUGGGUUCCACCCAAUCCACCAAAGGUUUGCUGGGUUCCAUGCUUCUCAGUGUGGAUUUUGCACUCCAGGCAUGUGCAUGUCUCUUUUCUCAGCUCUACUGAAUUCUGAGAAGACCCCAGGGCCAGACCCACCUUCUGGUUUCUCCAAGCUCACUGUAUCAGAAAUUGAGAAGUCUAUUUCAGGAAACCUCUGCCGCUGCACUGGUUAUCGGCCCAUUGCUGAUGUUUGUAAAAGCUUUGCAUCUGAUGUGGAUUUGGAGGACCUGGGCCUCAAUUGUUUUUGGAGAAAGGGUGAGAAUAAAGAGGAGAUGUUGAGUAGAUUACCCUUCUACAGCCAUAGUAAUGAAAUUUGUACCUUUCCUGAGUUUUUGAAAAAGGAAAUCAAGUCGAAAUCACUUUCUGAUUUCAAUGACUAUUAUUGGUACAGUCCUGCCAGUAUUGAGGAACUUCAGAGCCUAUUGGAAACUGAAGAAGAUGGAAACAGGAUAAAACUAGUUGUUGGGAACACAGGGGUAGGCUACUACAAGGAACAAGAGCAGUACAAAAGGUACAUUGAUCUAAGACAUAUCCCUGAACUCUCUUUGAUAAGAAGGGACAAAACGGGGAUUGAAAUUGGUGCAGCUGUGACAAUCUCUAAAGCCAUCCAAGCCUUGAAAGAAGAAAGUGAAGGUGGGUUUCACUCAAAUGGAGAAAUGAUAAAAAAGAUUGCUGAUCAUAUGGAGAAGGUUGCAUCAAAGAACCUCAGGAAUACAGCGAGUUUGGGGGGUAAUUUGAUCAUGGCACAAAGGAACCAUUUUCCCUCUGAUAUUGCCACAAUACUUCUUGCUGUUGAUUCAUCAAUAGUUAUACAGACAGGUCCAGAAAGAACUGAACUUACAUUAGGAGAAUUCUUGGAAAGGCCACCAUGUGAUUUUAAAACUAUAAUUAUAAGUGUUAGAAUCCCCAGUUGGGAAUCAGUAAGAAGAUUUUUAUUUGAAACCAAAACUAAGUUGCACUUUGAAAGCUAUCGAGCUGCACAACGACCACUUGGGAAUGCAUUGCCAUACCUCAAUGCUGCUUUCUUAGCAGAGGUUUCUUCCUGCAAAACUUCUGUUGUCGUAGAAAGCAUUCGGUUAGCUUUUGGUGCCUAUGGGACUAAAUAUGCAAUAAGGGCAAGGAAAGUUGAGGGGCUUUUAGCUGGAAAGUCACUCGGUUUGAAUCUUCUAUUUGAGGCUAUUGAAUUACUGAAAGCAACUGUGGUGCCUGAAGAGGGAACUUCAUGUCCUGCUUAUCGAAUAAGUCUGGCUGUUGGCUUCCUUUUUGAUUUUCUUUAUCCUAUGCUUGAAGCUGGUUCCACAAAUCUAUAUGGUGGCUUGAAUGGGGUAUAUAUGGAUACUUUGCUAAAAAAGAAUUCUAAACAUGAAAGUAAUAAUGAUCAUGUUCAUAUGCCUUCUCUGCUGUCAUCUGGAAAUCAGCUUGUGGAGUUUAAUAGGGAGUAUAGUCCAGUUGGAGAACCGACUAAGAAAGCUGGAGCUGAGAUCCAAGCUUCUGGUGAGGCCAUCUAUGUGGAUGAUAUUCCUUCUCCAAAGGACUGCCUUCAUGGAGCAUUCAUAUACAGUACCAGGCCUUUGGCACGAAUAAAGGAUAUUCAAUUCAAAUCUCCACCCGAAUUGUAUGGAGUUGUUAGAGUUAUUUCCAUUGAUGAUAUCCCAGAAAGAGGGGAGAACUUAGGAUCUAAGACCAUGUUUGGUACUGAACACCUUUUGGAGGAGGUGUACAUGGAUCUUCCGGUUGACUUUUACAAUGAUGUAGAUAAAGGAAAGGCAUGCAGAUUGAAGAAGCCUUUAUAUGGUUUGGAGCAAUCACCUAGAGCUUGGUUUGACAGGUUUAGAAGUGCAUUGGUUGUAUUCGACUAUACUCAAACUAAAUCUGAUCAUAUUCUUUUUGUGAAAAAGAGGGGGUCACUGGUGUCAGUUUUGGUAGUGUAUGUGGAUGAUAUUAUAGUAACAGGAAAUGAUUUGAGUGAGAUUGAUACCUUGAAGAAGAACCUGCACAAAGAAUUUGACAUUAAGGAUCUUGGGGAGUUGAAGUACUUUAUAGGCAUUGAGGUGGUAAGGUCCAAGCAUGGGAUCUUCAUGUCACAGAGGAAGUAUGUUUUGGAUCUACUACAAGAGGCAGGAAAACUUAGGAUAAGGGCAGCCGAUACACCUAUUGAUCAGAACCACAGGAUAAAUGAUUCAGAAGGUGAACUAGUGAAGGAUAUAAAACUUGGGUCACAAUACCAUUUUUAUAUGGAGACACAAACUGCACUUGCUGUGCCAGAAGAAGACAAUUGCAUGGUUGUCUACAGCUCGGUUCAGUGCCCUCAGAUCACACAGAUUGUAGUUGCAAGAUGUCUUGGAGUUCCCUGUCAUAAUGUCCGUGUGAUUACAAGAAGGGUUGGUGGAGGGUUUGGUGGAAAGGCCAUGAAGGCUAUGCCUGUUGCUACAGCAUGUGCUCUUGCAGCACAUAAGUUACAGCGUCCUGUCAGGAUUUACCUCAAUCGCAAGACAGAUAUGAUAAUGGCAGGAGGACGGCAUCCUAUGAAAAUAAACUUUAGUGUUGGCUUCAAAUCCAGUGGGAAGAUCACAGCUCUACACCUUGAUAUAUUAAUUAAUGCUGGCAUAUCUGCAGAUAUCAGUCCCAUCCUACCACUGAAUAUAUUGGGAGCCUUGAAGAAGUACAACUGGGGAUCUUUGUCUUUUGAUAUAAAGAUCUGCAAAACAAACCAUUCAAGUAAGACGGCAAUGCGGGCUCCAGGAGAUGUGCAAGGAUCAUUUAUUGCUGAAGCUAUCAUUGAGCAUGUAGCAUCAACACUAUCUCUGGAAGUCAAUACUGUCAGGAGCAAGAAUCUCCACACAUUUGAGAGUCUCAAGCUUUUCUAUGACAGUAGUGCUGGGGAAGCCCUUGAGUAUACUUUGCCUUCAAUUUUGGAUAAGUUGUCUGCAUCUUCAAAGUUCCACCAAAGGGAUGCAGAAAUAAGACAGUACAAUAGUUGCAGUAAAUGGAGGAAAAGGGGAAUCUCAAUGGUGCCCAUUCUGUAUGAAGUGUCAUUAAGGCCUACUCCUGGGAAGGUAAGCGUUCUCAAUGAUGGGUCUAUAGUGGUUGAAGUUGGAGGGAUUGAGCUCGGCCAGGGGCUCUGGACAAAGGUGAAGCAGAUGACUGCAUUUGCUCUUAGUCCAGUAAAAUGUGAUACAAGUGGAGACCUCUUGGAGCGUGUACGGGUCAUUCAGGCAGACACAUUGAGCUUAGUACAAGGGGGGAUGACUGCUGGGAGCACCACAUCAGAGGCAAGCUGUGAAGUAGUUCGAAUCUGCUGCAAUGAACUAGUUGAAAGACUAACCCCUCUCAAGGAAAGGCUGCAGGAGAAGAUGGGUCCAAUCUCAUGGAAUAUGUUAAUUCUCCAGGCAAAUCUACAAGCAGUUAACUUAUCUGCCAGUGCUUACUAUGUUCCUGAAGUUACACCUAUGCGGUAUUUAAAUUAUGGUGCUGCUGUUAGUGAGGUGGAGGUAGAUCUUCUCACUGGAGCAACUUCAAUUUUGCAAACAGAUAUUAUUUAUGACUGUGGACAGAGCUUGAACCCUGCUGUGGAUAUGGGACAGAUUGAAGGUGCCUUUGUACAAGGAAUUGGUUUCUUCAUGCUGGAAGAGUACCUCAGCAACUCAGAUGGGUUGGUUGUAUCGGAGGGUACAUGGACUUACAAGAUCCCAACCAUUGACACAAUACCAAAACAGUUCAAUGUUGAGAUCCUGAACAGUGGGCAUCACCAAAAACAUGUUCUCUCCUCCAAAGCUUCUGGGGAGCCACCAUUACUUUUAGCAGUAUCUGUUCACUGUGCAACAAGAGCAGCUAUAAGAGAAGCCAGGAAGGACCAUUUUAAAUGGUGCAGCUCAGAUGGAUCUCAUUUAACCUUUCAGUUGGAUGUCCCUGCAACCAUGCCUGUUGUCAAGGAGCUCUGUGGACUGGACAAUGUAGAGAGAUACUUGCAGAGCCUGCUUUCUCAUAAAUGAAUUAGAAUGCCUGCAUGCUGACAUGGUCAUGGUGUUCUUCCCAUGCUUCAAAGAUCAUGUAUGUUAUAUAUUUGGUCACUUGAAACAGAAUCUUUUCACUUAAAUGGAGUCACAAAAUGUGAUCCAAUUAUUGUAUUAAGCAAUAUAAUUGAUGCAGCUCUAUAAAUAAAUCAGUUAAUUGAUACUCAG